UCGGGCCCAGGCCUGGGCCAAUGGGAAGGCAGUGACCUCACCGAACUUAUGUAUCACACAGCCUGUCCCUGGACCAAUGGGGGGCCGGCCCGUGGUCGCUAGGAGACAGAGCAGGAGCCGCUGUACCCGCCAUUUUGAGCGGUUGCGACCAACUGGUACCUUCUUGACCGGCCUGAGCCGCACCUUACCACGCCACAGCCCACCGCAGCGCUAGACGGGGCGGAGACAGCGCACCCCAGCGAUACCAUGUCCGGGCAGAGGAGCCGGGAAGGGCCCUCUGAUCACCAGAGGCGCAGACGCACCCGCAGCCGCACCGCCAGAGCGGACCUGACCUUCUCGGUGAGCCAGCUGGAGCGCCGCCUGCUGGACGGCCACUACUCGCAGCGCCUCAGCGCCAACGCGCCCGUGUUCCUGGCGGCCAUCAUCCAGGACCUGACGGCCACCGUCCUGGAGCUGGCGGGCAACGAGGCCCAGAAGAUGGGCUGCCGACGCAUCACCCCGCAGCUGCUGGACAUGGCGAUCCACAACAACGCGCUGCUCAGCGGCUUCUUCGACAACAUCACCAUCUCCGUCAUGAGCCCGGGAAUGCAGUAGCUUCCCAACAUGACCCGGGGGCCCAGGCCUCCACCCCUCACAGCCCAGGCGGCCCGGGCCUGCUGGCGCCUUGGGCACAGUUA